AUGCGCACCAUCGGCACCAAAAAGUCAAUACUCUCCCUCACAGCCCCAGGCCCAGCUAUCGCCUCAAGCAAGCAAUCCAUCUGGAUAUUGCUCGCCAAGCAAACGAAUACGCCGCCUCCACCCGUGACCAAGACCCAGAGCACUUCGGCUUCUUCGCCUCCCUGCCCUCCCAACUCGGCACGGACGGCGCCCUCGCUGAAAUCCAACUCCCUCGGUACCCUGCGCACAGAUGGCGUGACCCUUCUCACCCGCUAGGGCGACGGAAACUACUAUCUGGGCCACCCAAGCCUUCACACGUAUCUGAGAGGAGCUUGACCCCGACGAACCAUCGCUUUCAUACACCCAACACACCCCGUCGAUAAAAACAAGGCAAGUCCCCUCCUUGCGCCCCCCGCCAUCGACUAUCCGCACGAGACAACACGUGCGACGGUCGAUCUGAUCAUAAACGGCGUUACGGGGCGGUUUCCUCGCUGCCCGCGCAUUCUAUCGCACGCGGGCGGGAGGCCGCCGUAUUUGAUUUCCAGAUUAGCCGUCAUGGCCGACAAGACGAGGUAUCAGCCAACGUUCAGGACGGGAAAGACGUCCGACGAGCUGGUGGCGGGAUUUCGUUCGUUUUAGUAUAAUCCUGCGUUGUCGAGGCGCCGGCCGUCUUGAACCUGUUGUUUGGUGUUGGUGCCGUGUGAGCAUGUUUCUUAUGAUGAGUACUUUAGUGUUUGGCUUGUGUUUGUCCCAGCUGUUUGGUGCUAACGAUGACUCCGACUUUCCGUAUGCUGAGGUGGAUAAAAUUGGGUUUAGGGAGUCAUUGGAAUCGGAUUCUAUGGAAGAGUUGCGCGAGAAGGUUUGUUUUCGGAAGGCUGAAGUCUUACUCUCACACAAGACGUAUUGAACUUACCUUGUUCUUCUCGACACUGAACAGCACCAUGUAAAGAAUCGAGUGUCUUCCCAAUAUGUUGAACAACCUCACCUGUUGGAUAACACUGAGGCAAAGUGCAUGACGUCAUAGCAAAGGAUCGGCGAGAUGAACAGAUGGAAAUUGGAUGUCGAUCAAAGUUUGUCAUAAUUUAAUUCGAAGAUCUUCAUGUACUAGAGCGUUCAUAUAUCAAUCAACUAAG